UCGAAGCCGACCAACAAGCUGCAUCACGUGACCGCUGAAAUUUAUGCGCCAGAUGCCCGCACAGCCUCCUCUCCAAGUGCCGAUGGCCCAUGCCCCGUGUACCGUGCUGUGGGUGAGUGGAACUCCUCAUUCCGUCUGCAUGAUCUUUCCACGCAGGUUGAAGAGACAAUUGACGUCGGGAGUAUUGCAGUUUAUCCAAAAUAUGUGCGCCCACUUCGUCUGCAGGCGCCCGAAGAAUCACAACGGCUCUGGGAGAAGGUUACCGAGGCCCUACGUGAUGGGGACAUAAAUAGAGCAUCAGAAGAAAAGUUCAAGCUUGAAGACGUACAGCGCGUAAGUGAAAACGCUAGAACACGUUUGCGUCUGUCUCAUCAUCCCAAAUACUUUCAGGCCUCGGCUACUGGUUGGACAUACAACAAUCUUGCAUCAUAG